CAACCAUUUUCAUUUGUUUCUCUUCUGAGUUGUAAUCCAUCCAUCUACUUUCGUCUCUGAUUCCUUCUCGCAACUUGACCAUAAUGUAUAUUCACAUGGCUUCCAUGACUCUCUUCUUGUUUGCAGUGCUAUUUGCAAACCAAGUUACAGCUCAACAAAAUCAUUCCACCGUCAUAAGAUUGGGCUCAUCGAUCUCUCCAAGAAACUCUACUUGGUGGGUGUCAGCCUCUGGUCUCUUUACCUUCGGCUUCUAUCCAAAAGGUAACGGCUUUGCCGUUGGGAUAUGGCUUAAGGGCGAACCUCAAAACACCAUCGUUUGGACAGCUAACCGUGAUGAUCCACCUGUGUCCUCUGAUUCCAUAAUUAAAUUAACCAAAGAUGGUUUGGUGCUGCUUCGAAGCAAGAAAGAUGAUGUGAACCUCAAUGCCCUGUUAGAGCUUGCAACUUCAGCAUCUAUGCUUGAUUCUGGGAAUUUCGUGCUUUACAAUGGAAGUCAUAGUGUUAUCUGGCAAAGCUUUGAUUUCCCUACCCACACCAUAUUAGGGGGUCAGAGUUUUUCCAAUGAUUUUAAUCCUCUGGUCUCUGCUUUGUCCAAUUCAGACCACUCAAGUGGAUAUUUCUCUCUCUCUCAGAGCGACGAUGAACUCGGAAAUCUUUUUGCCUACCCUCUGAAUAGAUCAACAGAAACAGACUCAUCAGCGGAUGCUUAUGUUUACUGGUCCACACAUCUUCCUAACGAUUUCGCCUAUUACCCAACACUUAGUUUUGAAUGUUACAGGAUUUUUGAAAUGGGGGGUGGUGAGAAUGUUUCUUCCAUUUAUGUUCUGGCCAAUGGCACCUAUCUUGGAAAGAGCACAACCUCAGUCUAUCGAGCAACACUUGAUGUAGAUGGGAAUUUUAGAACGUAUGUCCACCAAUUUGAGAACAACACUCGCCCAACAAUACAAGUUAUGUGGGAGGCUUUAUCUGAUCAAUGUGAAGUAAAUGGUUUUUGUGGCUUCAAUAGUUAUUGCUCCACCACAGAAACAGAUCUGUAUGUCAGUGUUAUCCUGGGUUCAAGCAGUUCAAAGGUAGUAGUGACAUGUUCUUAG